UCGCUUUACGGCGGCGCGGCACCAAUCGGGCCGCGUUUGACGUGCGGCAGGGGGAGGUCGCGCAGCGGCCGCGCUUUGCGGUAGAGGGGCCGUCUGGCUUUACGGCAGUAGCGGGAUGAGCCUUUACGAGCUGUUCCGGGGGUUCUUCGGCUUCCCGCGGGGUCGCAGGCCCCGAGACCCCUUCUUUGGGGGCAUCACCCGGGAUGAAGAUGAGGAGGACGAAUACGAAGGCCCCUCAUUUGGGGUGCGCCCCGAGGACUUUGGGUUCAGCUUUGGCGGGAUGCGCUUCCAUGACAACUUUGGCUUUGAUGAGCUUUUCCGUGACUUUAACGAGCUCUUCAACGAGAUAGGGGCCUGGACCCUGCCCUGCCAGCCCUUCGAGCUUCCUGGCACUGAGGCCGCCCCACCUGCCUCGGGCCACCUGAGUGAGGAGCAGAAACGGCAGGCGCUGCGGGACUCGAUGCUCAAAUAUCCGGACAGUCACCAGCCCAUGAGCUCUGCAGAGGGCCCGGUCCCUGGGAGGGACUUGGGGGACAGUGUGGGCCCUGCAGCCCCAGGCAUGAGGCCUUGGCGGCCAUUUGCUGGGCUGGGAGAGAUGCAUCCGGCUCCCCCGAGUGCCAGAGAGGACAAAGAUCUGGAUUCCCGAGUCUCCUCGGAGGGGCUGGAGACCGUCCUGAGACCGGGCGAGCCAAAGGCCCACUCUUAUUUCCAGAGCGUGUCCGUCACCACGGUGACGGGGCCUGAUGGGACUGUGGAGGAACGUCGGACGGUGCAGGACAGCCAAGGGCGCAGAGAGACCGUUGUUACCCGCCGCAGAGGGGAUCAGACCCUUGUCACCACCAUCCCAGAGGGUGGGCAGGGCAAGGACCCUCAGGAAGAGGACACCAUCCCGGAGGAUGGAGAGCUGGUGCAGUUUGUGGGCGACUGGCAGCAGCAGGGGGGACUCCGUACUCCAAACCUGGGUGACCCCUUCUCCUUCCUGGAGACCUUCUUCCGUGGCUGGUUCUCAAGCCGAUAGCCCUGGCUUCCCUUGGAGCAUCCCUGGGAGUCCCUGUACGUAACCCUGGGGGGGCGUGCCAGGACGCAGGGCACAAGCAUCCCUACUUCCUAGGCCCUGGAAGAGGGUGUCUCUCCAGCCUGCAGUGCGGGGGACUCUGCAUUUUCAGCCUUCCCUCGCUGGCUGCCAGGGGAGACGGGGUGACUCUGCCUGCAGCUGCAUUGAGCCUUGGCUGGCUGCCAGGCAGCAGGGUGACUGGUGGAGACACAUUCCUGAGCUGGGCAUUGCCUGCUGCAGUGAUCUGGGGAGGGAGCUCGUGGCUCCUGGAUUCAGCCCCCUGAGGGCUAGGGCUCGGCUGGCAGCAGGGUUAAGCCCGAGGCCAGCUCCUCAAGGCCUGGGCCCAGGCAGUGGCAGGCGCUUGGGGGCUCUCAGAUGGGGCAGGAAUGAGGCCCCACCUGCACUUGGGAUGGGAUAGUGGCAGCAGGCUCAGGGCUGGGGCAUUGAUAGUUCAUCUGGUCUGACAGGUGGGGCCUGGCUGGCUGGCGGCUCUGCCCCAUUGCAAGCCUGGCAGGCGCUCGCUUGCUCCCCUGGCCUCUCUUCUGGGUCUGCUGAUGGGUGCUGGGGUGAGAACCAGGGGGGCAUUCUCACUCCAGCUGCCCUGUAUUGCAGGCGUGUCUGAAGCCCAGCAGCGAAACCCGAGGCUACGCCAGGCCCUGGUGCCCUGUGCCAGACGGGCUGCCAGCUUUCCAGGGGGCUCACUGAGCUGCAGUACAGGGGUGCUGUGUACAUGCAGAGGAAUAAAGUCUAUUUCUGCUA